CCGACUCGGGUUCGGUUCGCUCAUAGCGUGCCCUCUCGGGUUCGGCUUCGCUUGAGGACCCGGCAAAGACAUGACGUGGGCAGGAAAAACACGAAGAUCCACCUCGCACUCAUCCGUCCAUGCCGCCCACCGUCUCGUCUCAGCCGGUCUCUUGCUACGGCUCGUCCAUCAUCAUCCUGAAUGCACGCGAGCACAUACACACACAAAUACGACGCGCAUAGCGAGGCUCGCGAGUGCUACCCAAAUUAUGACGUCUCCACCUGAAGCACGACCGUCUCCACCAAAGGCACGACAGCAAGAGAAUCGUCGCGCGCACACCAAGUCCAGAACAGGCUGCCUCGUAUGUAAGAGACGCCACGUCAAAUGCGACGAGGGCCGUCCUAGGUGCCGGAAUUGCACCGUAGGUGACCGGUCAUGCUCGUACACCUCGGACGUGAACCCCGGCCUCUCCACUCGCCUCACCAGGACCCUGCUUGGGUCUUCUCCGUCGGCGCCAUCCUUGACCGUCACCAGCAGCAGCCCCGGGUCAGCAACCCCUUCCUCCCUGCUGGCCGGGUCCGACCUAGCCACGCUCAGCUUCCGCGAUGGGUUCACGGCGCUUCACAUGGUCCUGCUCUAUCAUGCCACCACCAGCAUGGCCGGCUAUAUGGCGCUCGAGGGCGACAUGCAUCCCAUCAUCUCCGAGGCCCUGCGCAGCGCGCACACGGCACCAUACGUGCUCGACCAGCUGUUGGCCCUCACCGCGCUGCAUCGCUCCACCGUGGAGCCAGAGACGGCGUCCAUAUUCCGCCACCAAGCCACGGAGCUCCAGACCCGCGCCCUGGGCCUAUUCAACGAGGCCCGCGAAAGCAUCUCCGAGGCCACAUUCAUCCCCUCCUUCCUCUUCGCCUCACUCAUGGGCAUCCACGUCCUUCACAACACCCUCGCCGCUGAUCAACACACGGCAGGCAGCUUUGUCCACAGCUUCGUCGACUACAUGCGCAUCCAUCGCGGUGUCCGGGCCGUCACGAGUCGAUACUGGCAGGACCUUCUCUGCUCAGACCUCAAGCCCCUUUUGUACGUGACCCUGUGGAUCGACGAGGUCGAGCCGUCGGUUCCUGGGACCGAGACCGCCCCGCUGCGCGCCCAUCUCGAGUCAACGUUGGGUCUAUCGACGCCCUCCUCCGAGCCGUCCCUCGAGGCCUUGCGCCGGGUGCAAUGGAUGCUCGACCUCAAGUCGCAGGUGUGGCCAACGUCCUCCGCAUCACCCACGUCCUCCAAGCUGGCUGUCCACGCAAUCAUGGCAUGGCCGCUAGUCGUACCAGAUGAAUAUAUCGACCAGCUAUACCAGCAUCGGCCAGAGGCACUAGCCGUCCUAGCCUUCUUCUGCGCCGCGCUGCAUCAACAUAGGGGGUUCUGGGUCUUUGGUAAUGUUGGGCAGGUGCUGGUCCAGCUGAUCAUGGCACAUGUAGGUCCAUUCUGGACCAAAUUUCUCGACUGGCCGCAAGAGGUCAUCGCCCAAGAGUGGCCUAGCUAGGAAACAAGGCGGACGGAUGAAGAAGAAACCACCUUCUCGAGCAAAGAUGCGUUAUGCAUCAAGCGUCCCGGUACGUAACUGGGCUAGUCAUUCCGGAAUAAUAACGAUAGUAAAAGAUAAACCUUGGCCCCUUCCACCUGGCGGUCAUCAAGCUUGCUAAAAACCACUUCUCAGUCGCUGC